CAUACAAGCUGGCAAUACUGCCAAUCACAUUGGAACACAUUUUUGGAAUACACAAGAAAGCUAUUUCACAUACGAUGACGAUUCUGAGCCAAUAGUCAAUCACGACGUCUCGUUUCGAGAGGGACUAUCUAAUCAAGCAAAACGAGCCUACAUUUUGUCCUAGAGCCUUGAUAGUCGAUUAUAAAUCAAAUUUUGGUCCGUUAAGCAAACACAACGAACUUUAUCCUGAUAUUUUCGACGCGGACCAGCCUCAUCAAAAAGGGCUCUGGAAUGGUGUGGUUUCAGAGUACCGGCAAGAAGUAAUAAGUAAAAGCGACUAUCAGAAGCGACUAGAGUCUGAAGAUGAUAACAAUGACAACGACGACGAUCUGGACGUUGCUAGGCCCCCUUCAAAAAUGCGAUACUGGUCAGACUUUAAUCGGGUUUACUAUCACCCAAGGUCCAUCCAACAAGUAUCGGACCUUCCAGACUGGCAAGCGAACAAGGGCGAUUGGAACUAUGGCAGAGACAUCUUCCGAAGAUUCGAUUUGGAGAAUUCACUAAGUGAUGGCUCUUUACGAAGACUUCUCGAAGAGAGCAAUAACUUCCAAGGCUUUCAAAUGACGUUUGACAACCUGUCGUUUGGUGGGUUCAGCAUUGGGCUCCUCGAGGCUAUAAGAGACGAACAACCGAAAAUUCCCGUCCUGACGUUCCCAUUGCUUUCUGGUGUGGAUCCUUACGAGGUCGAUCAAGAAGAUGCUCUCGUGCGCAAGUUGGUGCUCCAAGACGCUGUUUGCUUAUGCUCGUUAGAUGAGCUUGGAACACAAAACGUAUCUAUCCCUAUGCCUACUUCCUGGCAGCUGGGCACAUGGUCCGAACAGUUAUCCUUUGAUCGAAAUAAUCUGUAUCAAUCUACAGCCGUAAUCUCUGCCCACAUAGAAAGCUCAACGCUACCACUUCGGUUGAAGAGCACGCACGAAGAUCUCUCCGAUUUUUGUAACCACCUAAACUGGUCACAAAAUACGCGUUUUUCGCACCUUUCUGGAGUGUUACCUUUCAGGGAUGGUAUCAACCUUGACGAGGCAAUGUAUGACUUCUCAGCAGGGGGAAAGCAUGCCAAUCAAUACUUGGUACAACGAAAUGUUUCGCGCGGAUUGACUAUUGGGCAAGCUCGAAGCAUAAAUACCUAUUUUGCCUCGAGUACUAGCUUAGAGGAACCCUGCCUCUCCAGUAUCCACGCUCCAGCAUAUCCACUCCCCUCCUCGUUUCCCAACAUCUCCCUUCCAAGAUCCACUCAAUCAAACAACUCCAAUCUCCCGAGCUCCACAAACAAGAGAGAACGGAACAUCUCAUUAAUAUCCUCCCUGCACACGACGACCUCGACUGCUGCUGUGCUACGAGGAUACGCAGCUCUCUGUCGGGCCUGUAUCGUAAGGCGAUACAGUGGUACGGAUGUAGCGGGCUUGGAGACAGACGAAGUACGCGAGAUGGUGGAGAAACUCGAAGCGAUAGCGGAGUCGUAUGCUGCACAGAAGCAUGAGGAAAGCGAGGAAGGUGAUGAUGAUCUUGGAGAGGAUGGAGCUGUUGAAUGAG